AUAAUUGGCUUUAGGGUGCACCGGAUCGGCACCUGGUCAGGGUAGCGAAUCGGACGGACGCGCGCUCGCAUCGGUCGCGUGUGCAACGUGCGACAAACCCGUGGGGUACAGACCGGACGACAGGAUGAUACGUGUCGACGAGACCGACCCAGUGGGUGAGAUCGAACCGAGCUUUCCCUACAGAAAUGUCACCGUACGCCGAGGUGUGGAUUUUAAGGAUCACUACGACGUCCAGUCGGAGCUGGGACGAGGAAAAUUUGGCACCGUCUACCGAUGCAAGGAGAAAGCGAGCGGUCUGAUGCUCGCCGCGAAGGUGGUGAACACCGCGAAGAAGGAGGACAGACGGGCCGUGGAGCGAGAGGUAGAAAUUAUGAGGCGGCUGCAGCACCCGCGACUUAUUCAGCUGUACGACGCCAUCGACACCGGCAAACAGAUAUACGUUAUUCUGGAACUGAUCGAGGGUGGCGAGCUGUUCGAGAGGGUGAUAGACGACGAUUUCGUGUUGACCGAGCGCAGCUGCGCCGUUUUCAUGCGACAAAUCUGCGAGGGCAUAGAAUUCGUUCACCGGCAACACAUUCUGCAUCUCGACUUGAAGCCCGAAAACAUCCUCUGUCUGACGAAGGAAGGCAACAGAAUCAAGAUCAUAGACUUCGGGCUCGCGAGGGAGUACGACCCAAAGAAGAAGCUGCAGGUUCUGUUCGGCACUCCGGAGUUCGUCGCGCCGGAAGUCGUAAAUUUCGAUCAGAUCGGCUACGGUACCGACAUGUGGAGCAUAGGCGUCAUCUGCUAUGUAUUACUAUCCGGCUUGUCGCCGUUCAUGGGUGACACGGACAUCGAGACGAUGGCGAACGUGACGAUCGCCAAGUACGAUUUCGAUCACGACGCCUUCGCCGAGAUCUCAGAGGACGCGAAAGACUUCAUCCAAUGUCUGCUGGUGAAAGACAAAGACAAACGGAUGUCCGCGUCGCAGUGCAAGGAGCAUCGUUGGUUGGCGAAGAGGCAGACCAAGCAGCAACAGCAAAGGAUCAACCAGGCGGUCCUGUCGUCGACGCGAAGCCGUGAGAUCCCUCGGUUGCGAACGAGCCACGUCGACGAGUUGGACGUGACCAAGGACAAUCUGAGGCUGUUCGUGGAACGCUGGCGAGAGCAUCCGGACAGCCCGUACCUGAUCGAAGUUCCGCGCGAGCAACAAACAACGUACAAACUGGCUCGACCGACCGAAGAACUGGCUUCAUUGAGGGGACACAGCCCGUCGCCAUGCGCCAGCAUCUGCAGCACGCAGUCCGAGACCACCGAGAGUUCGCCCCGGGAAAGCCACCACGGCUCGUUCCUCACCGUGCCCGGCUUCGAGAGGAGAGCGUCCGAGGGGGUGGCCAUGGAGAAGUCGAGGAGCGAUCCAGCUAGUCAGAUCCUCCUGGCCGAGGAGAUAAUCAAAUUGUCGGAACGGCUGCGGUCUAUAGCGACGGGAACUCGCGUCGACUCGAACGAGAGCGACGCGUUCGCGGAGAGUAAAAAGAAGCUCGAGGAGAAAGACGAGACCAAGGGCAAACGUGUCGUUAACGGAUCGGUCGUCGAAGAGUGCAACGAGAUCACCGAGAAAUUGUCGAGCAUAGCGCGGCACAGAAAGCUGAACGGAACGACGUUUCACAGCAGUCGCAGUUUCGAGAGGCGAACGAGCUUCGAGGCGAAAGCCGAGAACGCGUUCGACUCGUUCAAGAAGAGUGGACGCAAGAAGAAGAGGGAGGAGGGAAACGAUCGAGGGGAGACUGGUGAGAAGCUCCUCGAGAAGGCGAGAAAGGAGGCUGAGAUAGAUCUGACGCCGCCCUGGAGACGAGCGCGGGUGAAACAGUUCGGGGAGACCAGCAGGGACGUGCCGCGAAUAUCCGAGCUGCGUAACAUGCACAAGAGUCUGAAUCUCGACGAACCGACCAGCACCAAGAAUCUAUUGCUCCAUCUGCUCGGUGAAUGGGAGGAGGUCGCCUCGAGACCCUCGGGUGGCGUCGGUAGAAAGUCGGUGAGCGUCGACUGGUGCGGCGAUGAAGUGGCCAGGAAGACGAUGAACUCUCUCGCCGAGUAUUUCCAAUCGAUGCAACGGAAGUCGACGGCGGCGAACGUCGCGUCGACCGCGUCGAGCUCGAUACAUCGUUGAAACGAUUUGUCCGGUCAACGGUCGGAUCAACUGCGUGGGACCCGCGAACGUACGAUCGCGGUCGAGACGGAACCGGAAGGGCUCGCGAGGACUGUUUUCCGAGGCUCGAGCUGUGCUCGUCGUUACGCGCGUCUUCGGCGAAUAUGGUUCGAAUCUGAGCAUCCACGAGUUCCCGUUAUGUGUGCGUGCCGUGAAAUUUGUUAUGUUCGAUCGGGUGAAAGAAUUGAUAAUUAAAGUAUUUCGACGAU